AUGUCUCAAGACCAAGCUCCUCUCCCGUUCAUCUACCAAUUCGGCGCGGGUGCGAUCGCGGGUGUCUCUGAGAUCUUGACGAUGUACCCGUUGGAUGUUGUGAAGACCCGAGUACAAUUGCAGACUGGAACGGCGGUGGGACCGGACGCUUACAAUGGCAUGGUUGACUGCUUCCAGAAGAUAGUCCGCAACGAGGGAUUCUCGAGGCUAUAUCGUGGCAUUACCGCCCCCAUCAUGAUGGAGGCCCCGAAGCGCGCGACCAAGUUUGCUGCCAACGACGCAUGGGGAAAGUUUUACCGCAAGGCGUUUGGUAUUGACAAGAUGAACCAAUCGCUGUCCAUUUUGACGGGUGCCACCGCCGGUGCCACGGAAUCCUUCAUCGUCGUGCCCUUCGAACUCGUCAAGAUCCGACUCCAAGACAAGGCCUCGGCGGGCAAAUACAACGGCAUGAUGGAUGUUAUUGGCAAGACGAUCAAGAAUGAGGGCAUCCUGGCCAUGUACAACGGUCUCGAGAGUACCAUGUGGCGCCAUGUUCUCUGGAACGCCGGCUACUUCGGCUGCAUCUUCCAGGUGCGGGAGCUCCUUCCCAAGGCCAGCACGAAGAAGAGUCAAAUCACCAACGACCUGAUCUCCGGUUCCAUCGGUGGCACCGUCGGUACCAUCCUGAACACGCCGAUGGACGUGGUCAAGUCGCGCAUCCAGAACAGCCCCAAGGUUCGCGGUGCGGUACCCAAGUACAACUGGGCCUGGGGUGCCUGCGCGACAGUGAUGAAGGAGGAGGGUUUCAGCGCCCUGUACAAGGGUUUCCUACCCAAGGUGCUGAGACUGGGACCUGGUGGCGGUAUCCUGCUUGUUGUCUUCACUGGUGUGAUGGACUUCUUCCGUACCAUGAGAGAAAAACAAUGA